AUGUCUGUGGCAGAAGUGUCUUCGGACUUUGGCGCCGAGGGAAACGCGAACGUACUGGCUGGGCCUUUCACAUCCAGAAUAUCGGCGACCCCGUCGGCGUCCGUACGCGGCUGGGACGCCAAGGCGGAACGGAGGGUGCUUUGGAAGGUCGAUCUGCUCUUGAUGCCUAUUCUUACGUUCUCCUACGGUUUACAAUUUUACGACAAGUUCGUCUUCAGUUCCGCCGCAGUGUUUGGCAUGCUUGACGACAUGCACCUCACCACGCCUGUCCCUGGCACAGACCUCAUUUCUACUCAGAGAUACUCUACGGCCACUGCUGCUUUCUAUUGGGGAUACAUUGUCGGCGUGCUUCCGAUAGCAUUGGUUCUACAACGGCUACCUGUAGCGAAGGCUUUGAGUCUCCUCAUUUUCAUCUGGGGCGUAAUCGUCAUGCUUACGGUCACAAUCUCCAGUUUCCAGGGUGCAGUCGCGCUGCGCUUUUUCCUUGGACUCGUCGAGAGCGCCGUCAGUCCCGGAUUCGUCUUGCUCAGCUCGAUGUGGUACACCAAGACCGAGCUGCCACUUCGCCUUGGUAUCUGGUACUCUGCGACUGGCCUCUUCACUAUUUUCAGUGGUGUUAUCAAUUAUGGCAUCGGCCAUGCGAACGGCGCGUUAGCGCCAUGGAAAUACAUGUACCUUUUCGCAGGGAGCAUCACUAUCUUCUGGUCAUUUAUCGUCCUGGUCGUCCUCCCUGAUUCUCCUGCGACGUCGCAUCGCUGGUUCAACGAGUCCGAACGUGCCAUCCUCAUCGGGCGCAUGCGCGGAAAUCUGGCAGGUGCAGAUGUCCGGGAGAUCAAGAAGGCACAAAUCUAUGAGGCCUUCAAGGAUGUCAAGAUUUGGCUCAUGGGCGCGAUGAGUGCCGCAAUCUAUGUUUGCAACGGCGGCGUAACCGCCUUUGGUUCUCUCAUAAUCAAGUCAUUUGGAUAUUCGAGUCUACGUGCCAUCCUCUUGCAAACGCCUGGCGGCGCAACCACCUGCGUCUCGAUAUACAUCGCAGGAUACCUCGCCGGCCGCUACAAAAACACGCGCACGAUCUGGCUCGCUGUGAGCUGCUUGCCCGUCAUGGCCGGCGCGAUCAUCCUCUGGCGCGGGUCAUGGAACGAGCGCGGGCUGGCACUAUUUGGGUACUACCUCAUUCCUAUCUUCGGUGCGCCGUACGUGCUACUCCUCGCGCUCGCAUCGUCGAACGUCGCAGGCGGGACGAAGAAGGCGUGCGCCACCGGCGUGAUCUUCGUAGGCUACAAUGUCGGGAACAUCAUCGGGCCUUACUUGGUGAACGUCAAGCAAGCGCCACAGAAGUACCGGACGACGUGGAUCGCGAUCAUCGUCGUCAUGGUCUUCACGAUUGUUGCCGCACUCGUGUUGCGCGUCGCGUGGGCGCACGAGAACGCACGGCGCGACAAGGACGCGCUCGUGCGCACGCUGUCGGGGCGGCCCGAGGGUUCGUCCGAAAAAAUCCGCGAGGCGGACCUCGGUAGCUCGUCCGGAAGUCAGACAAGUGUCGUCGAGGGUAUCAUGCACGUCGACCGUGACCUCACGGACUGGGAGGAUCGUUCGUUUAGGUAUUCUCUCUAG